CCCGCGCCCGCCCGGCAACCCAGCCAGUCUGCACCGCUCUCGCCUGCCCGUCCGCCCGCCGGCCCCGCGCUUCCUCGCUGCCGCCAGUCUGCUCCCCUCAACCCCACGGGCACCAUGCACCUCUCCCAGCUGCUGGCCUGCGCCCUACUGCUCGCGUUACUCUCGCUCCGGCCUUCAGAAGCCAAGCCCGGGGCGCCGCCGAAGGCCUCGCGAACCCCGCCGGGGGAGGAGCCAGCGGAGCCCCAGGCUGGGGGCAGCGGUCAGAAGAAGGGCGACAAGGCUCCCGGGGGCGGCGGCGCCAACCUCAAGGGCGACCGGUCGCGACUGCUCCGGGACCUGCGCGUGGACACCAAGUCGCGGGCGUCGUGGUCCCGCCUUGCGCACGAGCAUCCCAACGCGCGCAAACACAAAGGAGGCAACAAGAAGGGCUUGUCCAAGGGCUGCUUCGGCCUCAAGCUGGACCGGAUCGGCUCCAUGAGCGGCCUGGGAUGUUAGUGCGGCGACCCCUGGCGGCGGAUUGGGAACCUGCUCCGCUGUGAUGAGGUCACCCUUGGUCACCAUCUCCCAGCAUCCAGAAGCUCCUCCAAUGCAAUGUGGCUUUGACAUUUCUUUUGUUUUCUUCCUGGUACUGGGAAUACACAACACCAGCUGUUUUAUUAUUAUUUGGGGGUGGGUGGGUAUGAUUUUGUUGUUUAUUUGUUUUGAAAAUGAAAAAUAAAAAGUUAUAUAUUAUAUACAUGAAACACACACAUCUACACCACUUGAUGACAAGGGACAGUUUUUAAGAGACUGACAAAACCAGCUGUAAAACGUUGCUGUUUGUAAAUUCAUGUCAUGCAUAAAUGUAUUUAUGUUGUAAAGCUAUUUAUAUUGUUUAUAAAGAGAUAUUUAUAAAAAUUUUAUUUAUGUAACUAAA